AUGUAUAAUUCAGGUGAUCAUCGAUCGGCCGUAUUUCUCGGCGACCGGCUGCGGCGAUGUAUUCAUUACCUCCGCCACGGAGUGGAGCGGAGAAACGCUGGCUACGGAAACGCCAAUGCUGGUUACGGCAACGCUGUCUACGAUGAGCUGCCUACCGUCCACGGCGACGCUAGCUACGGAAGAGUAAACACUGGUUACGGAAACAAUCUUCAUGGAAUUUCACCGGCUGUUCACACUACUGGCUACGGCAAUGCCAACGCUGGUUACGGUAACGCUGGUUACGGCAACGCUGUCUACGAUGAGCUGCCUACCGUCCACGGCGACGCUAGCUACGAAAGAGUAAACACUGGUUACGGAAACAAUCUUCAUGGAAUUUCACCGGCUGUUCACACUACUGGCUACGGCAAUGCCAACGCUGGUUACGGUAACGCUGGUUACGGCAACGCUGGCUACGAUGAGAUGCCCACCGUCCACGGCGACGCUAGCUACGGAAACGUAAACACCGGUUACGGAAACAAUCUUCAUGGAAUUUCACCGGCUGUUCACACUACUGGCUACGGCAAUGCCAACGCUGGUUACGGUAACGCUGGCUACGAUGAGCUACCCACCGUCCACGGUGACGCUAGCUACGGCAACGCCGUUCGUGGUAACGUCGGUCUGCUGCGCGGACGCAACUCUGCCGGCUACGGCCGCGUCAAUGCAGGAUACGGAAACAUCGGCUAUGGAAUUACUCCGAUCGCGCGCCAGGGCGUCGGAUACGGAGCGGCGAGGCAGUCGUACGGUGGCGUUCCCGCUGGCUACGGCGGGAGAAGGCUCGCGCGUACGUCCAGCCACGCCGGCUACUACCCCAACUACGGAUAUGGCGGAUACGGUGCGCCGGGAUACCGCAACCCGGGAUACGUCGUCGACAACAGAUACACUGGGAGCGAGUACUCCAGUCGCGACAGGAGCGGCUUCGGAAACACUGGAUACGGAAAUGGUCUUGGAUACGCCGGCGACUCCAUUGGCUACGGAACUGGAAACGUCCGUCUGGGAUACGGAAACACCGGUGCCGGAUACGGAGGAGGAGACACUGUAUAUUUGGAGGCGCCCACUGUCCACGGCGACGCUAGUUAUGCGCCAGGCGUUCGCGCAGGCGCCAACAGACGCGUGCACGCUGGAAAUCUAAACGCUGGCUACGGUAACGAUGGUUACGGUAACGCUGGUUACGGUAACGCUGGUUACGGUAACGCUGGCUAUGAUGACAUGCCCACUGUCCACCGCGACGCUAGCUACGGAAGAGUAAACACCGGUUACGGAAGCAAUCUACAUGGAAUUUCACCGGCUGUUCACAAUACUGGCUACGGAAAUGCCAACGCUGGUUACGGCAACGCUGUCUACCAGGAGCACCCCACUGUCCACGGCGACGCUAGCUACGGCCCCACCGCACGCGGAAACGUCGGCCUGGUCAACAGACAAAGCGGUUACGGAAACGGAAAUAGCGCUCUAGGAUUCGGUAGUGACGAUAUUGGUUACGGAGACGGAAAUGUCCAUCUAGGCUAG